CGUGAACGUUAGUCUUUCUGCUUCGCUCGCUCACUUCUUCUCUUCUUCUUUUUCUUCUUAUAUAUCCACGAGUGCUUCGCCUUCUCCCCUCGUUAAUUGUCGAUCAUCAGAGGGAAGAAAGUUCUUAUUCAAAGCAAUGUCUGGUCCACAGUGCUGCGAAAACCCUCCAACCCUCGAUCCGAGUUGCGGAGCGGGACACGUGGAGCAACUGUGUGGCCUCAACACCUACAUCGUCGGCUCCCAGGACUCCAAGCUCGCGAUCCUUCUCCUCUCCGACAUCUUCGGGUAUGAAGCCCCAAAUUUCAGGAAAAUUGCGGACAAAGUUGCAGCUGCUGGUUUCUACGUGGUUGUUCCUGACUAUUUUAAUGGAGAUACCUUUGUACUCGAUAAUCCUGAGAGGCCUUUAAUGGUUUGGAUGAAGGAUCACGGAACUGAUAAGGGAUUUGAAGAUACAAAACCAAUUAUUCAAGCUCUGAAAAGUAAAGGCAUAUCUAAAAUAGGUGCAGCAGGCUUCUGCUGGGGUGCUAAGGUUGCGACUGAGUUAGCCAAGUGUGAGCUCAUCCAAGCUGCUGUAAUGCUACACCCUGCAUUUGUCACUCUCGAUGAUAUCAAAGGGGUUAAGGUCCCUACUGCUGUGCUGGCAGCUGAGAAUGAUCAUCUGACUCCACUUGAACUCGUCAAACAGUUUGAAGAGGAGCUUGCUGCUAAGCCCGAGGUCGACGGAUUCGUGAAGAUAUAUCCCAAAACUUCUCACGGAUGGACGACAAGAUACAAGGCUGAAGACGAAGCUGCUGCAAUGGAGGCUCAUUCAGACAUGAUACAAUGGGUUGUGAAGUAUGUCAAAUAAGAAACCACAUCACACCAUAAGUAAAUUGGGAGUAGAAUGUGAUUAUAUAGUAUGAUAUACGAGUUGUCAGGUACUGCACUUCUCGUGUAUCAUUUUAUCCGGACUUCAUCUCUUUUUUAUGGUCAGAACAUUUUAUCCGGACUUUAUGGGGUGUAAUAUGUUAGAGCUGUAAAGAAUGAUGUUAUAUGCAGAGUUCCUACAUUCUCUGCUUUCAUUGUAAGAGCUCUAACGUAAGAUAAGAAAGGUAUGGACUAUUUUAUUUCUUAUGACCGAA